UUUUAAAGUUGAAAUUAUUACUAUAACAAAAAAAUGUUUAUUCCAGUCAUUUGGUUGUUAAUUGUGAUGUUUUCUUUCGCAAUGACUGAUGAUGAAACAUGUCAUGAGAAAUUUGAAUACGUGUUUAAAGUCAUUUACAGAUUAUCCGAAGUUGAAAGGAAACUGGAAGAGCUGAGUUCACAAGAGGAGACAAAACAAGGUGACACGUUCACGAGAUGGGGAAUGACUUCUUGUCCAAAUGGAACAACAUUGAUUUACGACGGUUUUGUUGGAGGUUCAUACUAUAACAGUGAGGGCGGGGCUGCAAAUUAUGUUUGCCUCCAUAAAGAACCAACAUGGAACGAUCGAACUGUUAUAAAAUCAACUGUAAAUAAUAUAUACGGAGCAGAGUAUGAAGUUGGUUCUUCCUGGGCAAGCAUUCAUGAGCAUGAUGUUCCAUGUGCCGUAUGUCACGUUUCUAGAAGCAGCAUUUACAUGAUUCCUGGAAGAAACAUUUGUAAUGAGAAACAUAUCUUGCAGUACAGUGGAUAUCUUAUGUCUGGUCAUGACAGCCAUAAAUCAGCAACGGAAUUCGUCUGCGUUGAUGAUCAGCCGCAAGCGUUACCUGGUACAGCAGCAGACCGUAAUGGCAGAUUGUUUUAUUUCGUUUAUGCGAAAUGCGGAUCACUCAAAUGCCCGCCGUACGAGGAAGGAAAGAAAGUUACAUGUGCCGUUUGCUCAUUUUGAAAAAUACUUUUAUUAAUAUAUAUCAAAACUUGA